UCCGCCCAAGAGUCCGCCCUUAACGAGAGUGUGUAUCCUACUGUCGGCUUAGGUUUUGGGUUCCAAGUUCGAAGGCAACAAAAAGACACAGACAGAGUAGAGUUUGGAAGAGAGGCACAACAGGGAGAAAAAUACCGCCAUUGAAGACCGCCGAGGCUAUUGCUGAUAAGAAUGAUAACUGGUGGGAAAAGCCUUGUUUCUUCAUCUCCCGCAUUUUCAAGUGAUGGGAAAAAACUAUUGGUCUGUACCGGCAAUACAGUUUCAAUCUUUAGCACCUCCACUGGCUUACAGAUAACCGAAUUGGAAGGUCACACAGGACUUGUUACUUCUGUGAUUGUUGUACCGUCUCUUACCCCAGCAAGUAAAUUUUUGUCUUAUUGCUGGACAUCGUCGCUGGAUGGAACUAUUCGUUACUGGGACUUUUCUACAGCACAAGUUAUCAAAAAAUUUGAUACUGAGCUGCCGAUAUUCUCAAUGGUGAUUCCGAAUUUACCUGGACUAUCCAAUGAGAGCAGUGGAAAAGUAUCAGAUCCUUUUGCUUUUGUAUCAGUUGAAGAUACAAACACAACAGAUGACAAUGCUUUUAGGGGAAAAAUAUGGAGAUAUAACUUAGCAAAAGGUUGUAAAGUUGGUGUAGUUCUGACAGAGACUAGACACCCGGAGUAUAUAACUAGCAGUCCCUCGGGAGAUUUUUUUGGCAUUCGACACAAGCGCAAGGUUCAUAUAUGGAAGAUCUUUGCUAAAGACUCAAAAUAUGAUGUCAAGAAGAUAACACUGCACCACACUAAAAACUUCACAGCCGUUGCGUUUCAUCCAACAGAGAAAAUCAUAGCUGCAGGUGAUUCAACUGGAAGGAUUUUGAUCUGGAGAGGUAUUGGAAAGAAAACUUUUUCCGGAGGACGCAAGAAUGUGAUAGUGGUAAAGAAUGAUGAAACUGCUCCUGGGGUGAGGGGUGAGGAUGAUGCCGAGUCAUGCUCAACAUGGCAUUGGCACCCAUCUGAAGUGAAGGUUCUAUCCUUUUCUUCUGAUGGAGCUUAUCUAUACUCAGGGGGAAAGGAGGGAGUUCUAGUGGUUUGGCAGCUCGAUACAGGCAAACAGAGAUUUCUUCCGCGUAUUGGAUCCCCACUUACAUAUUUGGCAGAGUCUUUGGAUCCUACUCUUUCCUCAAUAUCUUGUGCAGACAAUCAAAUACAUCUUUUGCAAAUGCCUUCCAUGGAAAUCUUGAAGUCCAUCGCUGGGAUUAAGCUUCCUUCCCUUCUCGACGUCGAAGAGGGAUCAUGCAAUGUUAUGGCCUUCGAUUACAGCACUGGUUUAGUUGCAUUGAGAACAGAAACCUAUUCAAUACAAUUCUACAGCUUGUUCGACGACCGUGAGAUUUCACAGGUUCAAGUAUGUGAAAGAAAUCAUCAGCCUGGUGACGAAAUCACUUUAAUUGUAAAUUUAUUAGCUCUCUCUAAGGAUGGCACAAAAAUGGGUACGGCUGAAGUUAAGCUCUCGGAGGACGGAAUUGGUGGUCUUGUUUGUCUCAGAUUUUGGGAAGCUGGGAAUCGUAAGGGUGCAUUCUCCUUGUCAACUGUUAUAUACGAGCCUCACAGCGAUGCUGGAAUUUCUGCGAUAGCCUUCAAUCCCACUCGUAAUAUGGCAGUUAGUGCUUCACAUGGUGGUGACUUUAAGAUUUGGGUUCGGAGUUCUGAUCUGCAACAAAAAGAUCAAGUGCCUCAGAAAUUUGGCUGGAGAUGUAACUCCGUUGGUUCAUACAAGGAAAAGCCAAUGACAGCUGCUGCAUUUUCUGCUGAUGGGUCUGUUCUUGCUGUUGCUGCUGAAACUGUUAUUACGUUGUGGAAUCCAUUAGAAAAUGUUCUAGUUGCUGUAAUCGGAGAUACACCUACGCGAAUUGUGUCCCUUACUUUUGCUGGGAAGUCAGAAUAUCUUGUGUCAGUAUCCAGAGAUUCAAAGCCACAGCUAUCAGUUUGGAGUACAUCAAAGCUUUCUAAGUUGUGGUCCUAUAAUCUUCUUAUCGAAGCUGUGACCUGUACCAUGGAUGGUACUUGUUUUGCUGUUCUAGCCCUUAACCCAAAACUAUCCACAUCUAAUGAGACUGCACAUGAAAGCAUGGAUGGCGUAAUCUUAUUAUUUAGUGUGGAGGAUGUGGUUCCUCUGGCAACCUGGACAGUAAACAAGGCAAAGGGAGGGGGACUAUCAUUUAUUCAAGGAGACCCAUCUUCACUUGAUAGGAAACCUGUCAGCGAAGAACAACCUGCUGAGGUUCUUGUUUAUGUCAGUGGUGACCAUGAGUAUAUCAUCUUCGAUCCACAUGGCAAAGAAGACAACACCAACAGGGUAUAUCGCCGAGAGAGUGUGGUCCCCACGGAGGAGACAGGAAUAUCUGGGUAUGCAUCUAUUUAUGGUGAGCUUCCUAAUAUUAGCGGCACUGAGAAAAAUCAGACGCCGCGGAUUCCAUUUGUGCCUUCGGAAAGGCCUUGGGAGAGCAUAUUCAGUGGAUCAUCACAUGUCCGUCUACCUCUUACAAAAUUAUGUUCAGUAUUUUUGGAAUCCUUGCUUGAAAGAAGGCCAGAAGCUGUACAAUAAAGUAGGAUAGCUCAGAAUUUCAUCAAUUUUGUUGGAUAUAUUUAUAAUCACCUGUUAUAUCUUUUCAUGCCCACUUAUACAUCUUAGCUGUUUAUGACGGGGACAGAGGUGGAAAUUUUUUAAGGUCAGUGAUGUGUAUGCGGUUAUAAAAGAUUUUACUUCUUCACACUGAGAAGGUUUGUUACAGGGGACCAACUGUUUCACCAAGGAGGUUCCAAUAUAAAAAGAGAAGCAUGCGGGUGGUGCUGUAAUCCUUGUAAGGUAGUAGAAGUGGCAGAUUCAUCAUGUGAUCGUAGUCAAAAUUUUGUUUUUCACCCUUUGUAAUGUUUUGUUACUUGACCUUUUAUGUGUGGUUGAAAUCAUUUUGAUUAGUUUUCAUCUUCGUUUUUGAAAUUUCAUUUCUUUUUGCAGAUUAAAAAUUUAUAUGCCGACC